AUGGCCUGGAUGGACAAACAAAAUCAAACGAUGCCUGCUGAAUUCAUCCUCACAGGAAUCACAGACCGGCCUGAGCUGCAGGCUCCCUUCUUUGUGCUGUUCCUCACCAUCUAUGCAGUGUCGGCAGUGGGAAUCUUGGGCAUGAUCGUUCUCACCAAGGUGGACUCCAAGCUACAGACACCCAUGUACUUCUUUCUCAGAAACCUGGCUUUCAUCGAUCUGGGCUAUUCCACAUCUGUGGGACCCAAAAUGCUGGUAAAUUUCGUAGCUGAUCAAAACACAAUCUCUUACCAUUGGUGUGCUACGCAGCUGACUUUCUUCAACUUGUUCAUCAUCAGUGAACUCUUCAUCCUGUCGGCAAUGGCCUAUGACCGUUACGUGGCCAUCUGCAACCCUCUGCUCUACACAGUAGUGAUGUCACCGAGAGUAUGCUGGGUGCUGGUCGCCGUCCCCUAUGUUUACAGCGCCUCCGUUUCUCUGAUAACUACCAUCAAGAUAUUUCUUUCAUCCUUCUGUGGCCAUAACAUCAUCAGUCAUUUCUACUGUGACAGUCUCCCCUUGCUAACUUUGCUGUGCUCAGGCACAUGGGAAAUCGAGCUGUUCAUACUGGUCUGUUCCGCGUUUAAUUUGGUUUCAUCUCUCCUGAUAGUCCUUGUGUCUUACAUACUGAUCCUUAAGGCCAUCCUAAAAAUGAACACUACACAGGGCAGGCAGAAGGUUUUCUCCACCUGUGGCUCUCACCUGGCAGUGGUAGUUGUACUAUACGCCACGCUAGCCUUUGUGUACAUGCAGCCCAAGGCCAGCCACUCUUUUGAUACUGACAAAAUGGCCUCGGUAUUUUUCACUUUGGUCAUACCCAUGCUGAACCCUAUGAUCUACAGCUUGAGGAACAAGGAAGUAAAAGGUGCUCUGCGCAGGGUGUGGAAAAAUCUCUGCAAAAUCCCCAUAUAG